AUUCACCUCGGUAGAUUAACACGAAAUGCAACCAAAGAUCAUGUACAAGAAAUCUUUUCCAAUUACGGUAAAGUUAAAAACGUCGACGUACCCACGGAUCGCGCCAAUGGGUUACCAAGAGGUUUUGCUUAUAUAGAAUUUGAAAAUGGUAAAUCUGCAGAAAAUGCUAUAAAGUACAUGAAUGGUGGACAAAUUGAUGGACAGGCUGUCACUGUUGCUCUG